CUCAAAACAACGUGAGCGUUCUGUUGUCAACCUUAGCUUGAGUUGUUACAUUUCCUUUUGACUGAAGAGAAGCUUCCAUUAUUUUAAAAUACUCUUUAUAAGAACACACAUACAUACACACACACACACAUAUAUAUAUAUAUCUAUCUGUUAUUUAUCAAUUCAAUCAUGUCUGUACCAUUUUCUAACACGAAACUCAGAGUACCGUUAGGAUUUGAGGCAUUACUGGAAGGUUUUGCCCGCGAAGUUCUUCGGUCUCAACCCCAAAGCAUUGUUCAGUUCGGAGCCAUGUAUUUUACAAACCUUCUCAAAUUACGUAAAGAGACAGGCCAUGAUCCUGUUGCAACCAGUGCUGCCUUGACAGAUCGCCAAUACAAUACUGAUUUAUAUAUUCCACAAGUGUCAAGCGAUACUGCUGCAAAAGUUUCUCCUCCUCCAGAGCCAGCUCCUGAAACUGAAAGUGAACUACUGUCAGAAUUCCCUCCUGAUGAGGCUCUUGAGGAUGCUGCCACAAAAAUACAAGCCAGUUACAAAGGUUACAAGACACGGAAAGAGAUAAAAGAAUUAAAGAUGAAGACGAAUGCUGCUACAAAGAUUCAAGCUGGCAUACGAGGUCACCUUACACGUAAAAAGAUCAAGACAAUGAAGGAUGAAAUGUCUAAACAACAACAGGGACAUCACCACCACCACCACCACCGUCACCAUCCCCACAAACACAUGCACCAGCAGCAGCAUGUCUACCACAAGCGCAUGAAUCCAGAGUCACCACAAACCCAGGAUGAAAAUGUGCUUCUCCAUGAUCCAAAUGUUCACCAUGCUGCUACCAAGAUUCAGGCACAGUUUCGUGGUUUCCGAGCUCGCCAGCAAAUGAAAGUGAUGAAAGUGAAGGCAAACGCAGAGAAAACACUGCCACCAGUCGAUCCAGAAGAUCCAAGAGCUCAUGAAGCUGCAACGAAAAUUCAGGCCAUGAUCCGGGGUCGUAAAGCUCGUAAAGAGAUGAAGGUGCUCAAACUUCAGAAUAGACAUGGACAUAACAGACAUCGUGCACAUGGAGGGUCCCAUGGCAAACCUUCAAAAAGUCACUACAAGGAUACCUCAAGGGAACACGCUCAUGAAUCUGACCUGGGUGCAGCUGAGCAAGGAGAGGCACAGCUUAAUGAAACACCUGAAAGCAGGCAUGUCUUACAAGUUAUUGAUAACAGUACAAAUAUUGACAUUGAUCUAACUGACCCAGAGACCAUUGCUGCAGCUACCAAAAUUCAAGCUAGCUUUCGUGGUCAUAUAGCUAGGCAACAUGUGAAAGAAUUGAAAAAGGAUACCUCACCAGUUUCCCCAAAUGUCACUCAAGUGUCAAAUAAGGAAAGUUCAAAAGAACAAGAAAUUGACAUUGACUUAAAUGAUCCUGAAGUUGAAGCAGCUGCUCUCAAAAUACAAUCUGGCUUUCGUGGCUACAAGAAGAAGAAAACUGAAGUAGAUGAAGAACAUUCCGUUGUGGCUGACACUGAAGAAAAGACUGAUGUAAAAGAAAGUAUCAAAGAACAGCAAGAAGCAGUUGAAACUCCACCAGCUGCUCAAGCUGAAGAUGGUGAAUAUACAAAAAUGAAAACCACUCCACCAGCUGCUCAAGCUGAAGAUGGUGAAUAUACAAAAAUGAAAACCAAUGAAAUGUUGCCAAACCAAGCUGAACAGACAGCUAAAGAAAGUCAGAGUAAUGAAAAGACCGAUGAUAAUGCUGAAAACAAGGAAAAGGUUGUAGAAGAGGAUGCAAAUUCCAAGAAAGAAAUUGAGAAAGUACAAAAUGCUGAAACAGUGCCUCAAACACAAGGAGAAACUGAAGAGGUUGACAUUGAUCUAGGUGACCCCGAUGUUGCCGCAGCAGCUUUGAAAAUUCAGGCCAAUUUCCGAGGCAAUAUAUUGCGAAAGAAAAAAAAAGUUGUUGAAGCAAAGAAGAGGGAACCUCUAAUGGAAAUAGGUGAUGUGCCUGUUGCUGAAGAAUUUCCUGCAGCUGAAAAAAUAUCUAGCCCUCCUUUAUCUGCUAAAGGUAGCCAACAAUCCCUGCAAGGUGCAAUCCAGUCACCCCGAUUAUCUAGAGGAAGCAAAGGUUCCGUCCAGGGUGAUGUAGGUGAUAUUCAACAAUCUCCGAGAGAAAGCAAAGGUUCUUUGCAGGCUGUAACAUCUCCUGCUGGAUCUAAAAGAGAAAGCAAAACUUCCUUGCAGGCUGAAGUACCAGUUGCUCCAUCAUCUCAAAGGGAAAGCAAAACUUCCUUGCAAGCUGAGGUACCUCCUGCCCAGUCACCUAAAAGAGAAAGCAAAACUUCCUUGCAAGCUGAGGUACCAGCUGCUCCAUCAUCUCAAAGGGAAAGCAAAACU